AUUGGAAUGGCAUCAGAAAUCUUGUAAGUGCCUUGCCACAGACAAUCAAGAGACUGGUUCUUGUGUCAUCUAUUGGUGUUACAAAAUACAAUGAGAUACCAUGGAGGUAUAAUACUAUAUGAUUCUGAAGAGGGUAUUUACAGCUGAACUUCACGACAUCAUAUGCUAAAGCAUCAUGAAUCUGUUUGGUGUGCUCAAGUACAAGAAGAUGGGAGAAGACUUUGUUCGCAAUUCAGGAAUACCAUUCACGAUUAUCAUGUAUUCAGGCCUGGAAGAUUAACAGAUGGACCCUACACUUCAUAUGAUCUUAAUACACUUCUUAAAGCUACAACUGGGGAGCGACGAGCAGUAGUCAUAGGCAAAGGCGACAAGCUUGUGGGGGAAGUUAGUAGACUUGUGGUGGCAGAAGCUUGUAUCCAAGCUUUAGACAUUGAAUCUACUGAAGGACAAAUAUAUGAGAUUAAUUCAAUGAAGUUGCAGGCUUGCAGAUACUACCCAGAAUAAAAUGCAGAAAGAUCAUUUUCAAAGAUGCAGAAUGGAGCGCCAAUUGGCCAAUUUGGAAAGGUGAAGCGGUAGAAGAAGAGCUUUUACAAUAAACCCUAAACCCUUACAAUGCUAAUUUUGAUGGAGAUGAAAUGAAUUUGCAUGUCCCUCAGACGGAGGAAACUCGCACUGAAGCGCUUAUGCUCAUUGGG